AUGGUUCGUCGGAAGCCUUUUCGAAUUGCGAUUCCGGAUGUCGCGGUAGCUCUGUUCGUCGCGUGUCUAGCCGCUGCUGUCUCCCACGUGGCUGCGAUAUCCAAUGACGCGCAAGACGAAGAAAGGCUCAUAGGAUGGAAGGGGGAAAGCUUCAACUCAACCAGGCAAGACGAUCCUUCCCAGCGGCAAUGGAUAGAGCUCAUCUCGUGGGAGCCCAGGGCCUUUCUCUUCCACAAUUUCCUGACUGCCAAGGAGUGCCUGUAUUUGAUUCACAAAGCCGCACCCAACAUGGUCAAGUCAACUGUAGUGGACAGCGACUCAGGCGGCUCCUACAGCAGCAAGAUACGGACGAGCUCAGGGUCGUUUCUGUCACGGGGAGCCGAUGAGGUGGUGGCUUCUAUCGAGAAGAGAAUAUCCGACUUCUCGCACCUGCCUGUGGACCACGGGGAGGCUAUCCAUGUCUUACACUACGAGGCUUCCCAGGAGUACCAGGCGCACUUUGACUAUUUCCACGAUGACAUCAACACACGCAACGGGGGACAGAGGCUUGCUACCGUUCUAAUGUACCUCUCUGAUGUGGAGGAAGGGGGUGAGACGGUGUUCCCAGCAGCAGAGCUCACGCCAGACAACAUCCACUCACCGAUACCACCAGACUCACAGCUCUCUCAGUGUGCCAAGGGCAUGCUGGCUGUGAAGCCCAAGCGGGGCGACGCACUGCUGUUCUGGAACCUCAAGCCCGAUACAACUCUCGACCCCAAGAGUUUACACGGUGAGUCCCAUGUUACCUCCCUUGCCCUCAGCAUACACACAGCAGGGGCGACGCACUGCUGUUCUGGAACCUCAAGCCCGAUACAACUCUCGACCCCAAGAGUUUACACGCUGGAUGCCCAGUUAUUCGUGGAAACAAGUGGAGCGCUACCAAGUGGAUUCGCGUGCAACCUCGACAUGGACAAUAUUGAUUCAUAG